AUGCUAAAACUCAAAUGAUUGCACUGAGUUUUUUUAGGUAAAUUUUACUUUCACAUUCCUUUAUUCCGUUGGCUCCCUGAUCUCUUAGCAAGUUGAUGAGAACGUCUUCCUUCAGCUCAACCUCCAUCUUUCCAUCAGAUCAGAAGCGGUAAAAAGAUGGCUGCAGAACCUGAGCGAGUUGGCGAUGCCUCCGACGAGGUCGAGGAGAUGGAGGACGAGGAGGAGUCGGGCACUGGUACCGACCUCAAGUCGCAGAUCCUGCGGAGGCCAGAUCUGUUGGCAGCCAUCCAGGGGCGACUGCACGCAGAGAUGUUGCAGUCUCUCCCGGCACCUGUGAAGCGUAGAAUAAAAGCUCUGAAGAAACUGCAACUGGAGGCAACACAUACAGAAGCAAAGUUCUACGAAGAAGUUCAUGAGCUUGAAUGCAAAUACCACCUGUUAUACACACCUCUCUACGAAAAAAGAUCUACAAUUAUACAAGGUUUAUACGAACCAAAUGAUGAGGAGGCUGAUUUUCCUUCCGAUGACGAGAAAGAAGAGGAGUUGAGCAAUGAAAUAAAAACCAAAGUCAAGAUUGAGGAUGUCACUGAAACGAAGGAACCAGUCACAGAUGAGGAGAAAAACAAAGCAAAUGCCAAUGGAAUUCCUGACUUCUGGUUGACCAUCUUCAAGAAUGUCGGUAUUCUCUCAGAAAUGGUCCAAGAACACGAUGAGCCAAUCCUGAAACACCUCAUUGACGUAAAAGUGAUAUUUUUAAAGAGUAACCCUAUGGGUUUUGUUUUGGAGUUCCAUUUUUCACCAAAUGAAUAUUUCUCAAACUCAGUUUUAACAAAGGUCUACGAAAUGAAAUGUGUUCCUGAAGAAUCAGACCCCUUCAGUUUUGAAGGGCCGGAGAUCUACAAAUGCAAGGGUUGUACUAUAGACUGGAAGAAAAACAAAAAUGUCACAGUCAAAACAAUAAAGAAGAAACAAAAGCACAAAUCUCGAGGAUCGGUCAGAACAAUCACCAAAACUAUCCAAAAUGAUUCCUUUUUCAAUUUCUUCAAUCCUCCAGUCAUGCCAGAAGAUCCCGAUGCAGAUGUAGAUGAAGACACACAGUCUUUGCUGACAAGUGAUUUUGAAAUAGGUCACUACAUCCGAGAAAGAAUUGUUCCUAGAGCAGUCCUCUAUUUUACAGGAGAGGCACUGGAUGAUGAAGAAGAUUUUGAGGAGGAAGAGGAUGGAGAUGAGGAUGAGGAGGAUGAAGAUGGUGAUGAAGAGGAUCCCGAUUUUGAUCCCAACGACCCGAGAAUACCUAAAACGAAAAAGAAUGGCACUCCAGCAGAAUGCAAACAACAGUAACAUCUGAAAGUGAAAGAAUCGUAGCCGGUGAUACUUUCAAAAUGUUAAUAAUAAUUUGUUAAUCAACACUCUUUCUUAUCUUGGAGACAUGUAAUUGGUGAAAACCACUUUUCAUUUCAAAGAGCAAAUUGUUAUUGUUAAGCAUAUUUUUAAUCUUAUGUUUUGCAUUGAUGUGUAACACAUUGUUUGCUUACCCUAACUAUAUUAUUAUUUUUGGAAACAUAUAAAAUAUAAAUAAUUUUUUUAA